ACGAAGACUACAGCACCAAGAGUACCAGGACUCCAGGAGAUCAAACUGAUGGGAGGAUAUGAUUUUAAUGACAGUUAAUACAUGUCUCAAACUAUCUCAACGAUCAUGUCAAUGACUAAGAUCUCAGUGUGAUGACUCUUGGCUAUUUCAGGAGACUAGAAACAAGAAGAAGUUGUUGACAGAAGUUGUCAAAAAGACUGGACUGGACUGACCAGUUGAUUGUGUUGGUGAAUGCCGGUGUGAUAAGUCAAUCAAAUAGAGAGAAGAAUUUCUCCAACUUUCAAGUAUCCAGUUCACUCAAUGUCAAUGAAACAAAUAAAAAAAAAAACAUCAAGCUACUUUCGCCAGUUAUUUUCAUUGAUCAAACAAUGUUUGUCGUUGUAGCAACAACACUGGCAUUAGCUACAAGUCUAUUAGUUUAUUUAUCAUCUAAAAAAUACUGGAAUAUUAUUGCGCAAAAAAUUAUUAUUGAUAUUAAGUUCAAUUUACUAGGAGCUAAGGAAAAUUUACGAGAUAUUUUACAAGCAAAAUACAACAAAACAGAUUUACCAUGCAAAAGUGGAAUGAUUGCAAUUGUUACUGGAGGUUCACGUGGAAUUGGUCUUGCUGUUGUCAAGAUGUUGCUGGAGUGCAACAUGACUGUAAUUAUUGGAUGUCGAAGAAUUGAAGCUGGAGAAAAAGCUGUUAAAAAUAUACGAGAAUUAGGAGUAAUCAAGGGAAAAGCAAGAAUUUACAAAUUAGAUAAUUCAAGUUUAAAAUCUGUUAGAGAAUUUGUUGACAAAGUCAAACAAGAAUAUGAAAAAAUUAAUAUUCUCAUCAACAAUGCUGGUGUUAUGUUUACACCAUACAUGGAAACAAGUGAAGGAUUUGAGUAUCAGUGGGGUGUUAAUUACUUGUCCCACUUUUUACUAACAGCACUUUUAAUGCCGUUACUUUGCAAUGAUGCUAAAAAAAUUUCACGUGUUAUUAAUGUAUCUUCUUGUGGACAUUUGCUGGGAAAUAUUAAUUUUGAUGAUAUAAAUUAUAGACAAACAUUUAUGUCAAAUGCUGCUUAUGCCCAGAGUAAAUUAGCUCAAGUUAUAUUUACAAAAAUACUUCAAGAUAUUGCUGAUAGAAAAAAUCUACCAAUACGUUCAUACGCUGUUCAUCCAGGAAUUGUUAACACUGAUUUAUUUGAAAAUUCAUUGCUCUAUAAAUUUAAAUGGUUUAUGAAUAUAUUUUUAAAAACACCAGAGCAAGGUGCAGUGACAAUUGUCUACACAUCAAUCAGUGAUAAAAUUGAAAAUCUUGGUGGUUCGUAUUUUAGUAAUUGCAUUAAAUCUCCUGUUCAUCCAUUGGCUGAUGAUAAAUUAAUUCGUGAAAAAUUACUUAAAUUGAGUCUUCAACAAGUUGAACUUGUUGAUUUUUUACAGUAUUUGUAA